GUCAGACGUAGUCUCAAAAUAAAUUUUUGAUCUGUCACUGAAAAUUUUACACAUUGGAUUUUUAGUUAUUUAAAUAUUUCAAAUUUAGCACAAAGAAAUGGCUUCUGCUAUGGAUGUUGAUGCCGAAGAAGUAGAAUUGCCCACUUCGAGUAGCUCAAAAGGAGAAAAGAAACGUUUUGAAGUAAAAAAGUGGAAUGCUGUAGCUUUGUGGGCCUGGGACAUUGUAGUGGAUAACUGUGCCAUUUGCAGAAAUCAUAUUAUGGAUCUAUGUAUUGAAUGCCAGGCAAACCAGGCGUCAGCCACCAGUGAAGAAUGUACUGUAGCUUGGGGUGUUUGUAAUCAUGCCUUUCACUUCCACUGCAUAUCUAGAUGGUUAAAAACUAGACAAGUAUGUCCUUUAGAUAAUAGAGAAUGGGAGUUUCAGAAGUAUGGACAUUAGUGCUUUAGUUUUGGUUUUGCAUCAAAUUAAAAGGAAGACCUAUUUAUAAUUUAAUGGUAUUAACAAUUAAUAAUACAAUAUUUUGUCAAUAUUUCAUUUUCUUUCGAAUUAAACAGUUUCUUAGUA